CAGUCGGGUUUGUCAACUUUUCUGCAUUAUCGGGUUACAUGUUUGGUCUGGGGAUUCGGGGCCGGAAGAAGUCGGCGACUUUUCUUCUUCAAAAUCACCAAAUUCUGGUGAUUUGAAGACAGUUCGUCGUUCAGAAUAUUUAGAGGAGGUUCUAAGGGAGUUGUAGAAGUCGUGUAUGGCGUAUCAAGGCAAGGGGAUGCCUGGCCACGUCCACAACUACCGUCCCGUGCAAGGAGCGAGUAUCGGGCAGCCCUCCACUCAAGUGCCGAGGACUGUGCCGGGUCCGCCGCCUAGAACAGUCCCGGGACAACAGCCGCGAUCUCACCCCACACAAGCAGAUGUCCGAACGAAAUCUGUACUGAAAGAAGCCGUCGAUGCGGUGGUAAACAGCUUUGCAAAACACACGCACGGCUAUGGAAGAGUGAAUGUGGUGGAAGCUCUGCAGGAGUUCUGGCAGAUGAAGUCCUCACGAGGAGCAGACUUUAAGAACGGCGCACUUGUUGUUUACGAGUCCCAACCUUCGGCCAGUCCACCGUACGUCUGCUAUGUUACACUACCGGGAGGCAGCUGCUUCGGAAGUUUUCAGAAAUGUCCCACCAAAGCUGAAGCCAGGAGAAGUGCAGCCAAGAUUGCCCUGAUGAACUCUGUCUUCAACGAGCACCCGUCCCGCAAAAUCACAGACGAGUUUGUGGAGAAGGCUAUUGGUGAUGCCACAAAGUCUUUUAAGGGUGCUGCUGGUGAGAUAGACAACCCCAACACUGGUAUUGGUGCCUUCAGGUUCAUGUUAGAGUCCAACAAGACCAAGAGUAUGUUGGAGUUCCAGGAGUUAAUGACAGUAUUCCAACUGCUGCACUGGAAUGGCAGUCUGAGGGCCAUGAGAGAGAGAUCGUGUACACGUCAGGAGGUGCUUGCGCACUACUCCAACCGUACCCUGGAUGACGACAUGAGGAGUCAGAUGGCGCUGGACUGGAUUUCCCGCGAGCAGGAGACCCCCAGCGUCAUCUCGCGGGAGCUCGCCAUGGCAGAGCAGGAACUGGAAAGUUGCCGUGCGGCGGGGAGGGAACUCCGCUUUCCGAAGGAGAAGAAAGACAUCCUGAUGCUGGCCUGUAGUCAGCUGGAACCUAUGACUGCUUCUAUGUGUUAGGAUUAUGCAAAUACAUUCACUCUUUUAUACUUCUCUAGAGUAUUUUUUCCACAAGUAAACAUAUCUAAAACGUAAAAGAUGAGAACAGGACAAAAUGAUAUAUUGUAGUUCAUUUCUGUUUCUCUUUUUUAUGCCUCUUUCUCUUUCUUAAUGUUCCAGAUUUAGAUGCUUUGAAACUAGUCUCUACCAUGUUCCAGCAAUCUAAAUCCACUUCUUUUUUUAUUUGUGUCCUGAUAUUUCCUCUUAGCACUUGCAGAAACAUAUACUUUGCCUUUGUUAUGGUUGAGUGGUGAUUGGCCAGAAACCAUGAGUAACCAUGAAAAUGUACAUUUUGUGCUGCCUUUGUAACUUUCUUGAUCACCCUGUUUCCUGAUGUAAAUAUCACUUCUCAGAUAUGUAUUCUUUGAUGACAUUUAAGAGCACUUGUAUAAAGUAUAUAACAUUAGACCAUAGAUUGAUUUUAUGGAUUAUGGCUUUGUAACAUGUUUCAGCAGAUAAUGCUUCAAAAUAGGAACUAGAAAGUACGGAUUGCACAUAUCAAUGCCAAUAACAGUAAAAAUUUGUAAUGAAGAUAUUUUGGCUUCCUAGUUAAAAUGAUACAUGUAGGUGCGUGAAUGAAAGCUACAAUGUAACUUGUAUUUUGUUUCGUGAGCCAAUUACGCUUGGUGCACUAUUUGAAAGAAAAGAAUUUGUAAGCUUCUCUAAUGCACAGAAAUAUAGGAAUAUAGUAGUUCGCUGAAAUCACCGAAUGCAAGACAUAGAGAAAUUGAGAAAUUUAGAAUAUGUCAAACUAGUGUAUUCGGGUAGUUUUAUAGAAACAGUGUUACAUAGUACUUGGGCUUGUUUGCCUUGCCAUGCAAGCUUAUAUCUUGGUGCCUUUAUACCCUUUGGAAUCAAAGAAUCCUAGAGAGAAUACAGAAAGCUUUAAAGAGAGCAAUAGGGCAUUGUAUGUGUAUUAAGAAGAGUGGCAAAAGAUAAAGAAAUAUGCUGUCUGUUGCUUUUAAUUUUUGGUACUAUUUAAUAGAAGUAAACAUUUGGAGUGGACUAGGGUACAUUUCGAGCAUUCCGUAUGGCACGGAACGAUAUAAUGAUGAUGAUAUUCCGUAUACAUGAGCAAAUUUGUAGAUCUCAUAUUUUGACUGUGAAGGUGACAAACCUUUCCUUCUGUGUUGAUGUAAAUAAAAGCGGCUUAGUAGCAAUGACA